UUAUUAUAAUUUCAUUAUUAUUAAUGUCAUUAAUUUUUAUUGUUCCAUAUUAACUUGCACAAAAAAUUGCCAAUAAAAUGCAAUGAAAGAAUAUUCCAAAAAUUUAAGCAAAGUACUCAGUUUCAUAGUUUCAUAUAUAUGUAUAGACCUUGCGUUUUCGGACGUUGACAUCACGUGCAUUGGUAUUACAAAGAGAAAUUUUAAAAAAAAAAUGGAAUGUGAAUCGCUGCAAGAGAUUGAUGAGAAUAUGGAAGAAAAUAGCAAUGAUAGUGACAAAGAAGAUUCUACAAAAAAUGAUGAAGUACAAGAAAAAAAAAUAUAUCUUCCUGGAAAGCCUUUGAAAAAGGAAGAAGAACUUGUAGUGGAUAAAACAGCGUAUCGAAUGUUACAUCAUGCACAAUCUGGUGCUCCUUGUCUUAGUUUUGAUAUAAUUUUAGAUAAUUUAGGUAAUAAUAGAGAAAAUUAUCCAUUAAGCAUGUAUCUUGUGGCUGGAACUCAAGCUGCUAAAACACAUAUUAAUAAUCUUCUUAUUAUGAAGAUGGAAAAUUUAUAUGAUAUAAAGGAUGAUUCUGAUGAUGAAUCAGAUGAUGAUGAAUUAAAUGAUGAAGAUCAAAAUAAACCAAAAAUGUCUAUUGCACCAAUAAAGCAUCAAGGUUGUGUCAAUAGAGUUAGAUAUACAAGAAUUGGCAAAACAACUUUAGCAGCAAGUUGGAGCGAAUUAGGUCGUGUACAUAUUUGGAAUUUAGAUAAACAAUUAAAUGCACUUGAUAAUGAUGAAUUACUUCGUACAUAUCGUAAAAAAUAUGAGAAAAAUGAUGAGAACAUCAAACCAUUAUUUAGUUUUAAAGGACAUCUUUCAGAAGGAUAUGGACUUGAUUGGUGUUCAACAGAAAUAGGCAUGUUAGCUUCUGGUGAUUGUAAGGGUAAUAUCCAUAUAUGGAACAUUAGUGAUAAUGAUAAUUCUGCAACAUGGCAUGUGGAUCAAAGACCUUAUAAUUCACAUGAACCAUAUAGUGUUGAAGAUAUUCAAUGGUCACCAAAUGAAAGACAUGUACUUGCUUCAUGUUCUGUUGAUAAAAGUAUUAAAAUUUGGGAUACAAGAGCAAGUCCACAAUCUGCCUGUAUGUUAACAGCAUUUGGUACACAUACUGCUGAUGUUAAUGUUAUUUCAUGGAAUCAUAAAGAAACUCAAUUUCUUAUAUCUGGUGGUGAUGAUGGUUUGAUUUGUGUAUGGGAUUUACGUCAAUUUGGUUCUAAUGGUUCAAGUCCAUUAGCUAUAUUUAAACAACAUAUUGCACCUGUUACAACAGUAGAAUGGCAUCCUCAAGAAGCCACUGUAUUUGCUUCUGGUGGAGCUGAUGAUCAAAUUGCUCAAUGGGAUUUAUCAAUAGAAGCUGAUGAAUUAGAAGAGAUAAAACAUAAUGAAUUAAAGAAAUUACCGCCACAGUUGUUAUUUAUACAUCAAGGUCAGACUGAUAUAAAAGAAUUGCAUUGGCAUCCUCAAUGUUCUAAUACUAUAAUAUCAACAGCUCAUUCAGGAUUUAACAUAUUUCGUACAAUUAGUGUAUAAUAAAUCUAUUUUUUCAAGAAUAUAAUAUUUAUAAAAUAA